GUGUUGUCUAUGCCUUGUUACAUUUAAGGAAAUAAAUCUUACAGUUUAUUUUGAAAUACUCUUACUAUAGAUUGUCAAAGGAUUAUUCAUCAUAGUAUUUUAAAUGAACGUAUGUUCUUUCUGAUUUCUAGGGCAAGUAAACUUUGGAGACCGUUGUUUUGCAAUACUAAAAUACCAUAAAGCGGAUGAAUAUAAAUAGUUCAAGCAGGUGCCAAGAUGGCGGACAUUUUUCAGGAAAUGAUCUGAUCUUUCUGAGAACAUUUUGAUGAAUCACGAGAAAUCCAUAUGACUAACUUCAUAUUUUAGACAGCCUACGGAGACGUAACAAACCAGAUAUUAUAAAAUACAUAUAAAAAUUACUGAUGGAUUGAUAAAAGGAUAUGGUCAACAUGGCUGAAGUACAAGUAGUGGUUGCUAAAUAUGACUACACAGCUUCUGGAGAAGAGGAGUUAAACAUUAAAAAGAAUGAGAAACUUACAGUUCUCGAUGACUCAAAAGCAUGGUGGAAAGUCCAAAACACUUUUGGUCACACUGGUUUUGUCCCCUCCAAUUUUGUUAAAAAAACGAAGCCGUCUAUAUUGAGUACACUGAAGAACACGCUUGGACGUAGGCGUGGUAGUGAAAAUAAACUGAAUACAUCAUCGCAUAGCAGUACAGCUCGGUCCAAUGGACAGGACUCGGGUAGAUCUAGUGAACAGUCGAGUUUAAGUGGCUUUGGGAACGUUGUUUGUGAUAAUAUACCAGCCACAGCCAAAUAUGCAUAUGACGCAAGACAACCUGAUGAGCUUAAACUUGCAAAAGGAGAAAAAGUGUUUGUUACUGAGAAGUCGUCCGAUGGUUGGUGGAAGGGUACCAAAGAAUCAGGUGAUUCAGGAUGGUUUCCAUCAAAUUAUGUCGACGAACUUACAGAAUCUAAUAUGUACGAGCAUCCAGCUGACUCAUCAGAUCAAACUGAAGAUAAAUUGGACGAUUCUUCUCAACCAAUCGAAACUGUUCGCACCCUAUAUCAGUUCUCGACCACAAACCCUGAGGAAUUAGGGUUUGAUAAAGAUGAACAUUUGGAAAUAUUGGAAAAGCCAGAAGGAGAUCCAGAUUGGUGGCGAGCUCGUAAUAAGAUGGGCGAAAUAGGACUAGUACCACGUAACUACGUGGAAGUGAUAAGUGGGAGUUUUACUCAAAAUAGCAGAGGUUAUACUCAAAUAACAUCGCAAGCUUCUGGAAGUUCGCAUUCUCAAACAAAUAGCUCUGCUAGCUUAAGUUGCCACUCAUUUGAUUCAGCGUCUGCAUCUCAGUCUGCGUCAAAUCCUAGCUCCUCCCCUCUUCCUGUAUGUACACCUACCAGUACCAAGGAUCCAUAUAGGUACAAGUACAAACUGGAGGCAUCAUAUAAGGACAGAGACUGGUUUUAUGGCAAUGUUAAAAGAGCAGAUUGUGAUGAGCUUCUCAAUCAGUUUGCUGAAAUGGAGGACUUUCUUAUCCGAUCAAGCGAGACAAAUGUUGGAGACUACACUGUUGUACUAAAGGCAUCUCCAAGAAAUAAACACUUCCGAGUACAAACUGUAGAUCGUCAGUUUUGUAUCGGACAACAGACAUUUGACACAUUGGAUGACCUUGUAUUGCAUUAUAGCACCCAUCCUAUAUUUCGCAAUGACGUAACAAAACUUUACCUUAAAAGGCCGUUCCGGCACCCGGAUGAUUCCUGAAAGAUAUGAGAGUGAGCAAUCAUGCGGAAAUUGGCCAAAUAGUUUUUUGUGACGAGUGAUCAUAAAAAUUUGUUUUAUUUCUUCGAUUAUGUCGUAAAAUUUUUCAGCUUUAAAGGUAUAAAUAUGUUCUUUCUUGAAAUAAGGAAAUGAUCAAAUCUUCACAUUUUAAUAAUUAUAAACUGAACAUAAAAAGCAAAUCUUUUCACAUGCGCAAUAUGAGAAAAAUAAAAAGUCUCGUGAUUCUCUCAUCAUCCUGCAAAUAAUUAUGAUAAAAAUAUAAUUUGAUUACUCCUAGUAGAGUCUGGUCCUAGAAGUAGAUCUCAGAAAGCAAACCAGGAAGUGGAUAUCAGAUAUAUCCUUUAGAAGAGUGGGAGGGGAGUCACAAUGGCUGAGAGAAUGACUCACAUGCCAAAUAUCACCACUCGACAGAAACAUAAUGAAUUUUCAUGAUCACUCUUGUAAGAGAAUAUGGACUUUGUUUGCAAGUAAAAAUAUUGUAGCAAUAUAAUGCGGUUAAGAGUUUGUAGAAUUUGAUAUGUGGACCUGUGGAUAAACUGUCAUCGUGAACAUGUCUUGAAAUGUAAAAUAAGGUAAAUGUUAGAGGAAAAUACAGAA